AUGGAGUGGAAGAGCAAUAUUAGGCGCACCCAAUCACUGAGGAGCUUCCACUCAUCAUGUGACAAGCCAAUCUGGACUGAUGUGGGGCUGCGGGACAAGACGACGUCAGUGUCCCAGUUAGUGGCCAGAUAUCAAACUACAGUAAAAGUGAACAAAUCCAUUCAAGGAUCCUCAGUAGAUCAUGAUGAAGGAAAGCCAAACCACGUGCUAAAGGAGAUAACACCAUCCCGAACAGGAAGUAAAGAGACUCACCUGGAGUCUCUGAUGAAGAGAAAUGCUGAGCGGGAACGGUCUCGAGCCAAAAGCAAUUUGACCCGCAGCACAUCAAUGGGUAGCCUUAAAAGCAGCACGGGGUCCAUAGAGGCCUUGAGACUUCUGUUUGAGUCAACAGCUUCUGCUCAAAACAAGGGAAGGAGCAGCCUCAGCGCUGCAGACUUCACAUCAGAUUACAUGGCAGACGUGUCAAAGAUGAACGGAGAGGUUGAGGAUGUAAAAAGUGCAACUGAAACGCGCGCUGACAAUGCAGCAAAAGCUGGUGUGAAAGAUGGUCAUUUGACUCGAAAGGAAAUAGUUCAGACCCAGACAGAGAAGAGAAGAACAGUAGGGGGUAUUGAUUUUGAAAAAAUUGCAGCAUCUCAAGCUGAUGAAAAGAGGAGGUCAGCUGCAGACUUCAGAGAUAGGUCUUUCAUCCAAACCAAGGAGAAACUGUCUGUCUCGGUCAAAGCAAUUUCAGCUCUCUAUCUGUCCAAAGUGGCACCUGAGGAAUCAGCAAGCAGUCUUUUAAAACUGGAACAAGAUCAGUCGCAUGAAUCUGGGAAAAGAGUGAACCUAACCAAGAUGGCAGAAGACUCAACUGUCAAACAAAGGAAAGAUGACCGACCUCCAACUCCUUCUCCAAGACAUCAACCAGAACUAGAAGAGAGCUGUAGGACACAUUCUCUCCAACUGAUCCCCACCCAACGUUCCAAAGAAAUGUUAUACCAGCAGCGGCAGAAAUGUGAACUGAGACGUCUCCUGAAGCACACCCGCCCAGAGCUGAAGAUGCUGGAUGAUGCUGUGGAUGAGGAGCUUGCGGAAGUUUUGAGCUCAGAGGCAAUGACAGCUGAUGAAACUGGAUACGAGGGAGAGGUCCUUUCAAAACGCUUGAUAUUUGAGAACUGUGGCUUGAGUAGCAAAGUAUCUCACUACAGUCCCAAGAUGCACACGGCAGAGAGAAGUGACAAACAAUGUGAUUUUAGCAAAACACUGUCUGUUUUGGAGGGAAAAAAGGAAAAGCCUCAUGCAGAAAGUGUUAAAGAGGUUUUAGAAGUUGAAAAAUCUCUUAGUUUUAGUCCAGAUUCUGAUAGAGAGUGUGAGGAACAGAUGGCGAAAAUAGAUGUUCAGGCUACCAGAAGGAUAUUUGAGAGUCAGUCUGUGAACACAUCUAGGCCAAAUCUGGAUGAUAAGUUCCAGGGGAAAGUUUCUAUUUAUAGGGGUGAGACAAAGGAAGCCCAAAAACAAAAAAAGCAAUUUGAAAUGGGUUGCAGUGAGAAUCUACAAAGCAAAAACAAAAGCACUGAUUUGGAAACAGAGCCCCAUGAACAAGUAUUAUGUACCUGUGUCGAUCAAAGAACUGACUUCUCAUGUAGCGAUGAGGUUUCCACCGAGGAAGCACUCUUUGAGAAGAAGUCUACAAGCUUACCCGAUUCAGAAAAAAACGAUGACGUCAUUAAAACGAGGGCAGCUCUCUUCCAAAACAACCCCUUUAUCGCAACAAACAUGGAGAGAGAGCACUCCUUUGUGCAUAUACCAAAAAGUCAAAUUACAGCAAGAGAGUGUGGGGCUGGUGAAGAAAACAUGACCACCAAUGUAAAGAACAGAACCCAUCUUUUUGAAUCAAUGCCAUUUGACAAAAUCAGACGUCAGAACGAGGAUGAAAUUGAGACAAUGGUGGAGAACAUCAAGGAAACUUUGAAUUUCCUAUACCAGGUUAAAGCCAUACAAUCAACUGGCUCAAUCAUUGAGGUGAAUGAGACGAUGAUUGCUAAAAAAGCUAGUUUUACACUAUCAAAAAGUGGGCCUGAGAUAAAACACAAUGAGGUGGCUGAAGGGGGUGCGCAAAACUUCAUACUCCAGCUGCUACCACGGGUAAACCUAAAGCCUCAGGUCACUUACCUAAAGGAGAACAGUAAAGGGGCUAUCGAGACCACGCUGGUGACUGCGCCUGUUCAACAACAUCAGUUCGAUACAAACAAGGACAAGGAGUUCAAAACUGCCAGUGUGGUUCAGCUUGUUGAGGAUAUUCUCAAUCAAGAUAAUUCUCUGAGAAAAGGAGUGGUCAUUCAAGAAGAUGACAACAACUGCGCUAAAGUCAUUGUUUACUCCCUCUACAAAUACCAUAAUGAGAAAGAUGUAAAGAGCUUCAUCUCUCCGAAUGGUGCUGAAUAUGAUCAGUCAGAGGUGGAAAGGGGUCACAUGAGUAAAACCGGCAAUAAAGAAAUAACAGUUGCGACUAAGUCAAUCAAAGGUGGUCUACUUGAACUUUCUCAAGAGGAAACUUGCCCAGGAUCAAUAAUGCCUGAAGGGAAAGUAAAGGGGAGCGUAAAACUAUUCAAAAGCUGCAUCGAAAAGGGAGAUUUUGAGUAUUUAAAAAGCCUUCAAGCUGAUGAAGCGGUUCAAGAACUCUCUGAAAACCAAACGAUGGCUGGGCAGGACACUGAACGUCUUCAUGAAAAGGGAGGAGAGCAACUGCAGCAAAAUGAAACUACUUGUGAGUGGGUACCUGUUGAUGUAAAAAGACUUAAAAGCAUGUUCUCUGGAUACCCAAGUCAACUUCAACCAAAGAAAAAGAUCCAUGAAAAUGUAUCUACAAGUCAAAAUCUGUCUGCAGAACAUAACUCUGGGGUAUUAUCUCAUGUGCAAGUAAAGGAUACAAAUAAUGAAUACACUGAUCAAGCACAAGAGCAGAUAUGUUAUUCCAAAGUCGUGCCCCAGGAGUCUGAUCGACAUUUUGAGAUACAAGAUGAUGAGCUUGGUGUCCACCAAGCUCAAUUAGUCCAGGUGGUAGAUGACAAUGAACAGAUUUCUAACCUCCAAACUGCAAACCAUAGUCUGCAACAGGCCACAACUGAGGAAGCCAUUGCCUCAGUUAUAGCAGAUACUGUGAAACACUCAAGAGAAGAAGCAGAAAUAUCUCAAGAAAACUUAACCUCAGGACAUAAAACAGGCUGCCAGCACAAAAACACAGAAGACGCUACUUCUGGCGAAACACAAACUACUGAAACAUGCAGCAAAAAAGGUCAGGAAGGUACAGAGGUGGUGCUGAAACAACCCACUGAAACUGCUAUGGUAGCUACACAAAGUUUGGAAACAACACCAACACAACAAGAGGAUGAGGAAGUUGUUUUUCACGGUAAAAUUAAAGCGUCUUUGGAAUCCUUGGAAAGAGCUAACAUUAAUAUCACAAGGGGAGGUUUUAGAGCAGCUAUGAUAUACAGAAACUCUUCUAAACCUCAACAAGAAAAGUCACAUGUGGACGUGGAGUCUAUUCAAACACCCAGUAUUAUUCAGGAGCUUUGCACUGUGAAUGAAACUGAAGCAACUCAAGUACCACUGAACCAAGAGGUGAUUGGAGCAAAUGCAGAGUCUCCCCACCAAAAUGAAACCCCAAGUAAUCCAGCAACAAGUUUUGUUUCAGAGAAAAGCAAAAGGCCUAGUGGUCCAAAACCAGCCAUCCCACCCAAACCGGAACGUUUGAAGGUGAAACGAAGUGAUAAUCAAUCAAACAGCACAAAGAAUCUGGAGGGAACCCAAAAUAAUACUGGGCAACCUAAAGAAAUGGUUCCUCCAGUUGCACAACCAAAAACAUUGAUUGAGCAAGACCUGUCUAAAUCUAAAAGUGGCACAUGCGUAAGAUCUGAUUCAGUUCAAGGUCAUCAAAGAAAUCAGCCUUUGGGUGAGGCUGUAUGGAUGUCUCAAGAAACUACAGUCAGACAUCAAAUCCAAGGUGAUAAGAAAGAAAGCGAUAACAUAGAUAAGAAUAUAAUGAUUGUACAACAAGAGAUGAAUGCCAAGGCAGAGGAGAAAAGCACCCAGGAUUCAACAGUCAAAAGCAGUGAAACAGAUGAAAGUCACGUAGAUUUUCAUGACGCAUUUGAGAAAUUUGGAGGUAAAAAGACUGCCCCUGUAAAGCCCAAAAGAGUAAAGAUUGCCCAGCUAGACAUCAAAAACCUUAAACCCAUGGCUGGAGAUAAAGUCAUGCCUGAUUUUGCACGUGUGGAUCCAGAUCUGCUACAAAUUACAAGCAAUCAAUCAUGUGGCACCUGUGGAGAAACCGCUGACAGCAAAGACAAGCAUGAGAAAGAAAUCAAGAAGCAAGAAAGCAAAGUCGAGAUGAGGGAAAAGAAAGGGCGAACGGAGACUGAGGACGAACGCCGACAGCGACUGUCAGUUCACAUGGAUGAGAUCAUGAGAGGGAACUUAACAGCAGCAAUGGAAAUAUUUGACAAUUUGAGAAAACAGCAGGAACUGCAGAGCAUUCUGAGUCGAGUCGAAGAAAUUGAAAAAGACACAAGUGAGGUUGAUGUAAGGUCUCUGAGGAGAGUAUUUGAGAACGUCCCCGACUGGAUUGUCAGCUCCGACAAAAAGAAACAAAACAAGGUCAGAGCUGACAACAGAGAUGAAAGGUUGUCUGUAUCAAGAGAAAGCACUGAAAGCAAGUCAUCGGUGGCACAUGUUUUUGGAGAUCUUGAGCGAGCUAGUGUGGAAAUCAUGAAUCUGAAAGAGCAGACUUUAGCCAGACUUCUCGAUGUUGAGGAAGCCAUAAAGAAGGCACUUUUUUCUGUCUCUGCACUGAAAUCUGACUCUGAUAUUGCUGGCUUAUCAUGUCUGUUCAAAGAGUCCAUAGGGGCUGUGCAAGGAUCACCAUCCUCCAGCAGCAUUAAUAAAAUUAGCAGAUCAAAAUCACAGCAGGUACAGAAAAGUGCUACCAUACAGGGAAACACAGCUAUUUCAGCUGGGCAAGAUGCAAGCAUUGAUGGAGCCACUGCAAAACCUCAAUCUAGCCCUCCAUCUUCACCUGCAUUUAUCUCUAUCCAAUCACUAGCCAGAAAGACAGAUAAAACCGACCUGGCACCAACAGAAAUCUUGAUCUGUCCAACGUGCCAGCAGUGCCAAAAGCUGGAGGAGACAUUUCGGACAACAAAGACUCUGAUAUGCAACAGCCCUGCUCAAAACAGAAGGGACCCGAGAAAAGGAGGUCAGAAAGAAUCCACCUCCAGCCCACUCAGUACUCGGCAGGUCAGCGUGCUCGAGGUGCAGACUGGCUGUGAAGAGAACAGUGUUACAGGAAAAAACAAUCAUGAGAAGAUUGAUAACUCUGGAAAGAAGUUGUAUUCUUCCGAGACCUCCACUGUGGUCAAUACUCAGCCAGAUACCAUGACAUCAUCUGCAAGGCCUGUGGUAAUCAGCCCAGCUACACAUCAGGUCACCACAAACCCAGAUGUUAAGCUGCCAAUCAAUCAGACUGAUAAUUUAGUGCCCAAGUAGGUGCAGGUGUUUUUCCUGUUCUUCAUGCAAAAGCUGCCAUGUA